AUGGUAAGUGCAAUUUUUCGAGCUAUUUAAAACACUUAUAAUAAAUUUAUAUCUGCAUCAUAUUAGCAGUGGAAGCAGUCAGAACAUUAGAUAGAGUUGGAUUUUAUAUAAAAACCUGCUCUUUUGAUAUCUUUUUUAUUCGUUUUAACGAGAUUGCUGCUAACUUAAAGUGAUAUAGAACUUUAUAUUCAACUUGCUAUUAAUUGUGGAACACAUUUGAUAUUAUUUUUACUAAUUAAACUCCAUUAAUCCUUUAAAUCAGCAUACCUGGAAAUACCACGAAUAUCUCAACUUAUACUUUUAAAUUGGUAUUGCUAUUACUUUUACUAGUCAAACUCCUCUUUUUUAUUGAUUUACACAACUGUAAAUGUGGUUUAGUUCAAUAUAUCAUAUAGUGUAUCCUUCAAAUUGAUCCAUUUAGGAAUUUUUGUGACUGGUUAUCUGUUGAUAAUUGAAGAAAAAUCUAAUGAAUGCUUGUGUAUUGUCAUAUCAAUGAUCCUGAUGCAUAUUUUGAGAAAAGAACAAAAUUUGAUGUCGAUUUAUUCAAAAAUACAAGCACUGUUUCUGAUAAUAGAUUCAUUUCCUUCAGCUAUGUGUAUUGUAUAAAAAAAUAAAAGUCAGUUACUUUAUUCUAAUAAAAGUUUUGAAAAUUUAUCUUUAACUCUUGAAGGGACAAAUAGUUCAGAAACUGAUCAAUCACCUGAUAGGAUUUAGAAUUAUUCAAAAUUUCAAUUACAUUUUUUGUCGAAUCUUUAAUUGGCAGAACUAAAUCAAAAAGGAAUAUCACUAAUAGAUUUUGGAGAUGAGUUUCAAAUAGAUUAAUUUAAAAUAAGAAAAGUUAUAUAUAAAAAAGAGGAGGAAAGUCCUGAAAAUAGUUCAAAGAAAUUAAUCUAUAAUUUAAAUUAGAAUCAGAAACCAAAUACAUAAUUAAAAUAUCAAUAGCAAUUUUUUUCAACAUUCACCACAAAAGAUGAUGACUCAAUUAUCAAAAAACAGUAUACUGCAGAUAUCGCAUUGCUUGUUGAAUUAAGACAUUAGCCUUAUAUGUGUUUAAAAAGGAGACAAAGGAAGAGAUCAUCAAAUAGAUUAAGUAUCAAUAAACCCUCGACACCAACCAGUGGAAAAAUGUCCUUUGAACAACUGAUUAGGGAAAAUCCUUAUUAAAAAAACCCUGCAUAAUCUCCGUCAACGAUGUAACAUGAAAUGAAGUUCCUGAUUCAUGUGAUAGAAAAUUAUAAAUUGUUCAAUGAUGAUGAUGAGUUGUAACUAUUUUAUUUACAGGAAUUGAAUCCAGUUCUAUUAUAAACUACCUUGAAAAAAUUAGAAUCCGUCAAGAAAAAUUUAUUAAGAUCCAUUUCACAUGAAUUAUUAACCAAUUUAAAUGCCGCUUAUGGUUACAUAAAAUAGUGUUAGGAUCGGUUAUUAAAAGGUGAGGAAAUGUCAGAAUAAUUGGCUUGUGCCUUAAGAUACACUAAAUUGUAGUUAUUCAAAGUUUAAGACUUUUUUGAUUAUAGAUAUUUACUAGAUGAUAAAUUAAAGUUAAGAGAAGACAAGUUUGAACUAAUCAAUGCAAUAACUGAAUGUGUUGAUUUAAUUAAAGAUCAAAUAUCCAGAAAACAAUUGAGUUAUGAAUUAGAUAUCCCAGACAAUUGUACUUACAUUAUUUCAGGGGAUAGGUAAAGGUUCUGUUAAGUAAUUUUAAAUUUAUUGACUAAUGCCAUUAAAUUUACUUUACAAGGGAAAAUCACAGUGGAAGUGAAAAAAAAAACUUAUGUUCCUUCCUAUUUUGGUAUAAUAGAUGAAGUUUAAUCCUAAAUCUAUUUGGACGAUUCUAAUUUAUUGGAAAUCCACAUCAAAGAUAGCGGAGUAGGAAUGGAUGAAGAGGAAUUAAUAACACUAAGAAAGAAGUUGCAUGGGGCAGAUGAAGAUGAAAAGGUUUCAAAAUAAUCCGUGGGAAUAGGAUUGGGUUUACAAGUAUGCAAAUCUAUUAUUCGUUAAUUGGCACCUUCUAAUUUUAACUAACUAUUUGUAGAAUCAGUUAAGGAUAUGGGAUCUUAAUUUUAUUUUUGUUUAAAGUACUUAGAGGAAAAGUCUUAAGUUUAAAAGUCAUAAUAAUUAACAAUACCAUUAUAAGAAGCUCAGAGUGCAUCUGUCAAAGUUUUAAAUUAUAAAAAGGGACACUCUUAAAAUGGACUGACUUUCUUUAAGAAACGUAGUUCUCAUGAUAUAUCCAUUGAAAUUCCAAGGAAAAUUUAAUUUUAAUGCAAUUGCUAGACCAUUUUAAUUGUGGAUGAUGAAUAAUUUAAUAUUGAUGUGAUUGGCCACAUCAUAAAGGAAAUGGGAUUUGAGAUUGAGUUUGCAUUCAAUGGUAAAUAAGCAGCAGACAAGGUUUCGAGGAAAUUAUAGGAUAAAUGUAGUGGUAAAUGCACUGGUUAUCAUUGUAUUCUAAUGGAUAUCAAUAUGCCUAUAAUGAGUGGUUGGGAGGCGGUUUAAAUAAUAAGAUAGAUUGAAUGCCAAUUAUAAUUGAUCAGAGCCAUACCAGUCAUUGCAGUCACAGCUUUUUGUAGUAUAUUUGAUUAGGAGAAGAGUAUCAACGAAGGUUUUGAUGGAGUGAUUAUUAAGCCAGCUACAAAAGAAAAAAUUAAAAUGGUUUUCGAACAUCUAAAUCUAUGA